GUCGCCAUGUCCCCACUGUGUCCGCUGCUGCUGGCCCUGGUGGCUGUCCCCUGUGCCCUGGGCGCCUGCCCGGUGCCCAGCGACCUCAAGAGAGAGGACGGGACGCGCAUGUGCGCCAAGCUCUAUGACAAGAGUGACCCCUACUACGAAAACUGCUGCUCCGGUGCCGAGCUGUCGCUGGAGCCGGGCACCGACCUGCCCUACCUGCCCUCGAACUGGGCGAACACCGCCUCCUCGCUCGUGGUGGCCCCGCGCUGCGAGCUCACCGUGUGGUCCCUCCCCGGCAAGAGAGGCAAGACGCGCAAGUUCUCGGCCGGCGCCUACCCGCGCCUGGAGGAGUACCGCAAGGGCAUCUUCGGAGACUGGGCCAACUCCAUCUCGGCGCUCUACUGCAGAUCAGCCUUGGCCCCUAAAACCAGUCCCACAGCCCACAGUCUCAACCCUGGAGGGCCCUGA